AUGGCAAAGGAUGAGUCUGACGACGUGCUGCCGGACAAGGACGCGGCAAAGGGAUUCUACGCCAAGUACGAGCCUAAGGAGAUCCUGGGCAGGGGAAUAUCUUCUACUGUGAGAAGAUGCAUAGAGAAAGAGACAGGAAGAGAGUAUGCAGCUAAAAUUAUAGAUAUCAGCAAUGAGACUAAUGAGGAUGGACAUACUAUGAAGGAUGCUACAUUACAAGAAGUACAGAUACUUCGUAGAGUAGCUGGACAUCCAUAUAUCAUUGAAUUGCAUGAUGUUUUUGAAUCUAGUACAUUUAUAUUCUUAAUUUUUGAAUUGUGCAAGAAUGGAGAAUUAUUUGAUUAUCUUACAUCGGUUGUGACUCUUUCUGAAAAGAAGACGCGUUAUAUCAUGAGACAAGUAUUCGAGGGUGUCCAGCACAUACACAAUCAAGGAAUAGUGCAUAGAGAUUUAAAACCUGAGAAUAUAUUACUUGACGAUAACUUGAAUGUAAAGAUAACAGACUUUGGAUUUGCCAGAAUAUUGAAUCCUGGAGAAAAAUUGGAAGAUCUUUGUGGGACACCUGGCUAUCUAGCACCAGAAGUAUUAAAGUGUAGUAUGUUUGAAAAUAUGGAAGGUUACGGAUUUGAAGUUGACAUAUGGGCUUGUGGCGUGAUUAUGUUUACACUGUUAGUUGGCUGCCCUCCAUUUUGGCAUCGGAAGCAAAUGGUUAUGCUUAGAAACAUAAUGGAAGGAAAAUAUUCAUUUACCUCUCCUGAAUGGACUGAUAUAACAGAAGCUCCAAAGGAUUUAAUAAGAAAGUUGCUGGUUGUUGAUCCAAGGAGAAGAAUUUCUAUAAAGGAUGCACUGGAACAUUCAUUCUUUCACACUGUUUUAUGGGAUCAAGACAUCUCUCCUCUAAAACGUUCACUGUCAUCUAAUUCGCGACGUCUGAGUAGGAUAUCUCAAUUAGCUUUGGAAUUGAAGGCAAAAUCAUUCAAUGCUAGGAAGAGAUUCCAAUUGGCAAUUGUUUGUGUGAGAGCUGCUAUUCGUAUUAAACGACUUCACAUCACGCCUGAACCUCUUUCGACACAUGUAGCAUGUACCGAUCCAUAUAGAAUAAAAAUUCUACGAAAGGUGAUUGAUGGCUGCGCGUUUCGUGUCUAUGGACAUUGGGUGAAGAAAGGAGAGGGCCAGAAUCGUGCAGCACUUUUCGAAAACACACCAAAAACGGAAUUGAAACACCUAUAUGUUAGUAAUUUAAGUAGAUAACUAUUAUUUUGUUCAAUCGUUUUAGUUAAAUUUACUGAUACUAGAAUCUCGACGGUCCUAAUGAAAUAUGUAUCAAUUAGAUGUAAUUAUAAAAUAUUCGAAAGCAGACUUUUUUUUAGAUUGAACUGUAAUGGAUAAAUAGUGCUUGGACUGAUCAGAUUUUUAUUUAAUCUUAUAAGGUUUUCUCUUUGUAAUACUUUUAAUCAAUUGGUAUAUUGAUUAAAACUAAAAUAGCAAAAAAAUUUGUGGAAAAUAUUUCAAUUUUGAGUCGGAAAGUAUAAAACAUUUUCUGAUAAUAUUUUUGUUUUACAAUAUAUGCUACUUAUCACAUACAAUGACUUGUGAUAAAGAGUAAAUUAUUAAAUAUUAUUUAAAUUUUUGUUCUCAAUUUUCAAAGCAAAACAAUAUAUUUAAUUAUAAAAAAGACGUAUUUCUAUAACUAUAAACAAUGACACUUUGUGACUUAUUACAUAACAUAGAAUGAAUAAUAUAUAUAAUAUUAAUACGUGUUAUUUUUGCAAAAUGUAUUCCAAGUUAAAGUUAGGUGUAAAAAAAUAGAUAUUUGUGUUACAAGUGAGAGAAAUCGGCCAUUUCCUUUUUCAAGUGCAUUCACGAGUAGGAAAUAAUCGAUUCGCACAUGUUAUACACAAUAUCUUUUGUUACCUGUGCGUCAAAGUGUGGUCCUUGAGUGUGAAUUGAUAGAUUAGCCAAGAUUAAGUUCGUAAAAGCGACGAAAUGCGUGUCGCGAGAUGACCUGUGAUACGACGCGAGUCAUUCAGAAUGAAGACAAAGGUGUGGAAAAAUGAUCAAGCGUGAGGGAUUUGGGGGAAUAAUUGUACGGAAAUGAUUCCUGUACAACUAUUUCCGCAUGUUUGAUCGGUAAGGGAAUGAGUUACUUGUGCGAGAAAAACUGUCCAUGUACAAUUGGCGAUUUUACGGCCAGUAGAGGGUCACGAAAAGAACCACUUUUGACGCACAAAAAAUGUUUUCAGAAAUGAAUUUUUAGAUUAAUUUUCAUUAGGGGACAUACAAUAUUUCAUGUAAAAUCUAGUCACAAUUUUUGUACAAAUAAAGUUGUCUUAAAGCACAUAGGUUGAUACAUUUUUGUAACAAAAUUAAUACGCAAAUCGACCAAAAUUUAUUUGUACAAUGUUUAAAAAAAAAUUAAUUUUAGAUAUUCUUAAAUUUAUUUCGCAAAAACUUUUUCCAAGCUAUCACCAUAGUUAUCAUCAUGUGUCACUUCUGUCAUUUGUAUUCCUUCGCCUUUGUUACUGUUUGUUAUAGUUACACUAUAUUUUCUUUGUAUGCACAUAAAAUAAAAUAGGUAUAUGAUAAUCGA